CACAUUGUGUUUUCAGCACCAUGGAUAUAUGUAAACUACUGGUGUUUGUAUUAUCAAUUGUGGCAGUUGAAAAUCAAAGUACUACCUCUAAAAGCUCUUUCUCUGUAAGAGGACUGAGUGCAAUGGUUAGAGCCCACAAUACAGAGAUCAAGAUUAUGAAGCAACAAAUUCUAGAACAACAGCGUUUAAUCGAGAGUUUGCAGAAACAAGUGGAAGCAGGGUGUUUAAAACCGAAAAUUCGACUUGUAAAUGGCAAAUCUUCAAGAGAAGGAAGGGUGGAGGUCUACAAAGAUGGAGUCUGGGGUACAGUGUGUGACAAUGGUUGGGAUUUUAACGAUGCAAAUGUGGUUUGUAAACAACUAUUCGGAUUAGAUGGAAUUCCGUACAGUAACGCAUACUUUGGACCUGGAACUGGUUUAAUACUUAUGUCUAAUGUGAGAUGCAAUGGUACAGAGAAUUCCCUACUGGAUUGCGGACAUACAGAUGAACUAAAUCUUGGCUGCAGUCAUAGUGAAGAUGCAGGUGUUAUGUGCAUGAAAGCACCCCGUGUUCGACUUUCGAAACAAAAGGACUUUCAAGGAAGAGUGGAAGUUUACAAGAACAAUAGAUGGGGGACAAUUUGUGGCAGGAACUGGGACUAUAAAGACGCUAGCGUCAUUUGUAGAUCUCUAGGGUAUAGCGAACGCGGACUAGUUGUUUUAAAUUCAGUAUUUGGAGGUACAGGCACAAUCCAUUUAAAUGACAUUCAGUGUAGUGGAAAGGAAACUGGACUUUCUAACUGUACAUACUCAGAAACAAGUAGUUGCAGUCACUCCGAA